GAUGAAGGGAAGCCGGGAGGGACGAGGGGAAAGGAAGGGAGGCCGAGAGGGAGCAGGGAGAACGGGAAAGAAGGCAAAGGCAGGGAAGGGCCCUUCGAAAGCCCCCCUCCCGGAGCCCAAGGGAUGGCAGAAGAAGGGAACGAGAAGAGAAAGGGAAGGGAGUCCGAGAAGGAGAAAGGAUGAAGGGAAGCAGCGAGGGACGCGGGGAAAUGAAGGGAAGGGAAGGGAGGCCGAGAGGGCGCAGGGAGAAAAGAAAGGGGAGGAAGGGAAGGGCCCCUUCAAAGGUCGCCAGGAACCCCAGGGAUUUGUGUAUGUGUGUCAGGAGCGACUUGAGAAACUGCAAGUCGCUUCUGGAGUGAGAGAAUUGGCCGCCUGCAAGGACUUUGCCCGGCGGACGCCCGGAUGUUUUGAUGUUUUGCCAUCCUUGUGGGAAGCUUCUCUCAUGGGGAGCUGGAGUUGACAGAGGGAGUUCACCCUGCUCUUCCCGGAUUGGAUUGGAAGGGCUGACCUUUCGGUCAGCAGUCCUGCCGGCACAAGGAUUUAACCCAUUGCAGGGAUAGAAGAGGAAGAGAGGGAGCAGGGAGGAAGGGAAGGAGAAGGGAAAGGGAAGGGAGUCCGUGAGGGAGAAAGGGUGAAGGGAAGCAGCGAGGGACGAGGGGAAAUGAAGGGCAGGGAAAGGAAGCAGGCAGUGAACGAGAAGGGAUGAAGGGAAAGGAAGGGAAGGGACGAGAAGGGAAAGAAAGCGGAAAGAGUGGAGAAGGAAGGAAGGAAAAGAAACCCCCGGCCGUCCCGCAAGGAGCCUGGCGGUGGUCCUCCUCGGAGGCGCCUGUUUACGGGAAGGGAGGCGGGCGGGAAGGUGCUGGGGCCGGGCGAGGAGAAGGCUCUCCCUCCGGAAGGGGCGCUUCAGCUUGGCGGGGCCAGGAGCGGGGGGCUCUGCUCCGGGGCGAGGGCGAGGGCGAGGGCCGGGCCAGGCGGAAGGGCGGCGCAGGGGACAAGAGGCGGCGGGACACCCACGCUGUCCACGGGCUGCCGCCUGACUCCGCGGGAACGUCCCGGGCCGUGGCGGCUGGAUCAACCCUUUCCCCUUCUCUGCCAAAAGAGCUGCGGAAGCCACAGCAAACUUCAGCUCCCAUGACUCUAUAGCAAUGUGGGAUUUCCUUCCUUGAUAUUCUCGGGGACAUGGCUGUGUGGAAGGGCCCUGGAUCUGCCUCCAGCCCCCUUCGGCAAAGCUAUGGCUGGGUAAAGCCGUGGGCCAGAAAGCCCCACUGUGGUUGCGGGCCCAGUUCCAGGCUCUGCUGUUUACACUGGGAUGCUGGAUCCAGCGUCAUUGUGGCAAAGUACUUUUUGUGGGACUGCUGGUGUUUGGGGCGCUGGCUCUUGGGCUGCGUUUAGCCUCCAUUGAGACGGAUAUUGAGCAGCUCUGGGUGGAAGAGGGCAGCCGUGUCAGCCAAGAGCUUCGGUACACCAAGGAAAAACUAGGAGAAGAAUCUCUCUACACGGCACAGAUGCUGAUACAAACUCCCAAACAAGAAGGAGAAAACAUUCUGACCCUGGAAGCCUUGGAAAUGCAUCUUGAAGCUGCUCUAGCUGCUAGCAAAGUCCAGGUCUUACUCUAUGGAAAGUCUUGGGAUCUCAACAAAAUAUGCUACAAGUCUGGUGUUCCCAUAAUUGAGAAUGGAAUGAUUGCACGGAUGAUCGAGAAGCUCUUUCCCUGUGUUAUUGUGACUCCACUGGAUUGCUUCUGGGAUGGUGCUAAGCUGCAGGGGGGCUCUGCUUACCUUCCCGGUCGACGUGAUAUCCAGUGGACCAACUUAGACCCCAUUCAGCUGAUGGAGGAGCUGGGUCAGUUUGCCUCACUGGAAGGAUUCAAGGAGAUGCUGGAUAAGGCAGAGGUUGGUCAGGCCUAUAUGGAGCGGCCUUGCCUUGACCCCUCGGACCCUGAAUGUCCUACCAGUGCCCCCAACAGCCAAAGCAAGCAGGAACCAGACAUCCCUUCUGAGCUCACCGGUGGCUGCCAUGGCUUCUCCAAAAAAUAUAUGCACUGGCAAGAGGAGUUAAUUUUAGGUGCCACAGCAAAGGACUCCCAGGGCAAACUACAGAGAGCUGAAGCCCUACAAAGCAUGUUCCUGCUAAUGAGCCCACGGCAGCUCUUUGAGCACUAUCGGGAUGACUAUGAGAUUCAUGACAUCAACUGGAGUGAGGAGAAGGCAACUGCUUUGCUGGAGGCUUGGCAGCGGGAAUUUGUUGAGUUGGCCCAGGAAUCCCUGCCUGCAAAUUCCUCCCAGGCCAUACAUGCUUUCUCCACCACCACACUCAAUGAUAUCAUGAAAUCCUUCUCAGAUGUGAGUGCCAUCCGUGUGGCUGGCGGAUACCUGCUGAUGCUGGCAUAUGCCUGUGUCACCAUGCUGCGCUGGGACUGCUCCAAAUCACAGGGUGCUGUUGGCUUGGCUGGGGUUCUUCUAGUUGCCCUUUCAGUGGCAGCAGGACUUGGAUUCUGUUCCUUGCUGGGAAUCUCAUUCAAUGCAGCCACCACCCAGGUUUUGCCUUUCCUUGCACUGGGCAUUGGUGUGGAUGACAUGUUCUUACUGGCUCAUGCUUUCACCGAGACCAGCCAACAUGUCCCCAUCAAGGAGCGGACUGGUGAAUGCCUCCGGCGCAGUGGCACUAGUGUAGCGCUUACCUCUGUCAAUAACAUGAUAGCCUUCUUCAUGGCUGCCCUUGUGCCUAUACCAGCUCUCCGUGCCUUCUCUCUGCAGGCUGCUGUUGUAGUUGUUUUUAACUUUGCCAUGGUACUCUUCAUCUUUCCUGCCAUCCUGAGCUUGGACCUUCACCGACGUGAAAAUAAGCGGCUUGACAUUUUGUGCUGCUUCUACAGCCUCUGCUCCUCCCGCGUCAUCCAGAUCCAGCCUCAAGAAUAUGCUGAUGCAAAUGAUAACCAUACUGUACCUCCUUAUCCACAUGGCCAUCCAGCAUUGGCCACCAGCACCCGUAUCACGACUACAGUGCAAGCCUUCACACAGUGUGACCCUUCUGGCUGCCACGUGGUCACCAUCUUACCUCCCACACAGCAUGUCUUCACCACGCCUUCUGCGCUCAUACCUGCUAACCCUCUCGGCUCACAGAUCUUCACUCCUGCAAGCUCAACCCGGGAUCUUCUGGCACAAAUGGAUGAGGGCAAAGGUGCCCAGGAUUGUGUGCCAUUUCCUUUUUGUCAAUGGAACUUCUCCAACUUUGCUCGGGACAAAUAUGCACCCAUUCUUCUGCAGAACCAAACUAAGGGAAUUGUGGUAGCCCUCUUCCUGGCGCUGCUGGGUCUGAGCCUCUACGGUACAACCAAAGUACAUGAUGGACUUUACCUGACAGAUAUUGUUCCACGAGGUACAAAGGAGCAUGACUUCAUUUCAGCCCAAUUCAAGUACUUCUCUUUUUACAACAUGUUUGUGGUGACCAAGGGUGGCUUUGACUACCCCAACUCCCAGAAGGCCCUCUAUGGGCUGCACCAAGCCUUCGAUGCCAUCCAGUAUGUUGUACGUGAUGAGAAGCACCAGUUGCCUAAAAUGUGGCUGCACUACUUCCAGGAUUGGCUGCAAGGUCUCCAGGCAGCCUUUGACCAGGACUGGGAAGCUGGACUCAUCACUAGAGAGAAUUACCGCAAUGGGUCAGAGGAUGGUGCCCUGGCCUACAAGCUCCUCAUCCAGACAGGCAACAAGAAGGAACCUUUCAAUCUUAAUCAACUGACCACUCGCCGCCUGGUGGAUGAGAAUGGGAUAAUUCCCCCUGAUAUCUUCUACAUCUGCUUGACAGUGUGGGUGAGCAACGACCCCCUUGGUUUUGCUGCCUCCCAGGCCAACUUCUAUCCUCCGCCCCCAGAAUGGAUCCAUGACAAGUAUGAUGCCACCGGCGAGAACCUUCGAAUCCCGGUUGCACAGCCCCUGGAGUUUGCUCAGUUCCCCUUCUACCUCAAUGGACUGCGGCAGACUUCGGACUUUGUGGCAGCGAUUGAGAGUGUGCGUGCCAUCUGUGAUGAGGUGGCCCAGAUGCAUGGCGUGCUCAGCUACCCUAGUGGCUAUCCUUUCCUCUUUUGGGAGCAAUAUAUUGGCCUCCGCCACUGGCUUUUACAGGCCAUCAGCAUUGUGUUGGUUUGCACUUUCCUGGUGUGCACUCUGUUGCUACUCAACCCUUGGACCGCUAGUAUCAUUGUAUUUGUUCUGGCGAUGAUGACAGUUGAGCUCUUUGGGAUCAUGGGCCUGAUGGGCAUCAAACUGAGUGCCAUUCCUGUGGUCAUCCUUAUUGCGUCAGUGGGCAUUGGUGUGGAAUUCACUGUACACGUAGCUCUGGGUUUUCUCACAGCCAUUGGCAACCGAAAUGUGCGCUCCACUGUGGCCCUAGAACACAUGUUUGCCCCUGUGAUGGAUGGUGCUGUUUCUACUCUGCUUGGUGUACUUAUGUUGGCUGGAUCCGAAUUUGAUUUCAUUCUGAGGUAUUUCUUCGCUGUGCUGACCAUCCUGACAAUUCUGGGGCUGCUCAAUGGUCUAGUCCUAUUGCCUGUCCUUCUAUCUAUCAUUGGACCACCUGCAGAGGUCACACCAGCUGAUAAUGGCAGCCGCCUUCCAACACCAUCACCUGUCCCACCACCCAUCAACCAUCACAGCUUUUAUGUUUGCCAGCCUGGUGGGGCCUUUAGUGACUCUUCAGACUCAGAAUACUAUUCAGAGAGCACUGGCGCAUCAGACAUUGGUGAAGAUGAUCGCAGCACAUACAUCAUCCCACCUACACAGUCACACAUCUUGGUCAAGGCCAGCAAAAGCCCCAGCUUCCCCAAAAUUACUGUGGUGAAAAGCUGCAAAACAAGCCUUGAAUCGCCUCUGUCUUUGGGCAGCCCAGAGUGGACUCAAGCCACAAUCCCUACAAGCCACAUACCUCCCUUUGCCACAGAGGUUAAAGAGACUUCAAAGCAGCAAGAGCAGACAGACCAUGGACUAGGGCCCCGGAUAGCUCGGACUGCCCCCGUUCCCCCUCGGACCAACCCCGCUGCCCACGGCACCAAAGUGCCACCUCUUGGACCUGGUGGCACAUUCGCCACAGUUACAGCAACUGCAUCCGUGAUGCUGGCCUUGCACCCAUCCCUGCCUGGCUCCUGCCAGGGGUACACACACGAGGGCUUUGAAUCUGAUGGCCCUGAGGAGUCUGGUAUAGAUCUCUCUGACAGCUUUGAACUGCAGGACCUCAACCAGAGACACUAGCUCUCCAUUUUGCCAGGUCAAGGUCCUGGCACUCAAACUCGUGCCUCAGGGAUGGGAUGUACACAGCAUCUCACAUGGGGAAAGGGACCCAGAUGGUUCACACACAGACACACACAUAAUGUGAAGCAUGCUGGACCCAUGGAAGUUCUUCCUCUGUGCCUGACCAACUGUAGAUGUAGACAGUGCCUUUGAGAACUGAAGAGGCCAGAUGAGCUUCUGCAGUAACCAUUCAGUGAAAAGGUUGAUGGGAGAAUCUCUCAGCACCUGGCUCUCCAUACUCCCAUGCCUUGUUUCUUGAGGUGUAUCUGCCACCCCAAAACACACCAGUUUCUUGGUUGCUGGAGCUUAUGACUUCAAAACAUUGGUUGUUUAUGUCCUUACAUUGGAUCGAUGGCCCAAAGAGUGUUGGGUCCCAGUCACCUAGAGACAGGGAAAGCUCCAGUCCCAGCAAACCUGAGGAAUGAAAGGGGCUGUUUCCCAUAUGCUAUGUGAAGCAUCUCAUGGCCAACAUCAGGACAGGGCAUGAGAAUUUCCCAAACGCCUACCCUCCCGUGGAGAGAACAGGACUCAACUUGUAUGUGGGGGGAGUUCUCCCAUAUUGUGCUGCUAUUCUUUUAUUUUUAUUAAUAUUAAUAUUAAUAUUAUUAUGAUAAUUAUUUUAAGCUGUAUAAAAAGAGUCACAAACCCUUACCCUUAAAAUUAUAAUAAUUAUUUUUUAUUAUUUUCACAGAUCCCUCAUUUAAAAAAAAGUGGGGGUAUCCCUUUAAGGGGAAAUGCGAGGGUGAAGGUGUAAUGGGGAGAGAAUGGAGUGAAGGGAGCAUGCAAUGGAGGGGCACCGUGUGUCUUAACGUUCUAUGCAAGCUGGUGGGACAGGAUGCGCUCUGCUCCUGCCUCCACCAGCACAAAUGCCUGUGCUUGCAUCUGCCAUAGGGCUCUUCUGGAUUUUCUUAAAACCCCUCCCUAUGCUCCCAAACAUUUUUUCUGUGCCCUCCUUUUCAGCUUGCUUACCUCUUUUCUCAGUCUGUUAUCAACCUCUCAUACAAGUGUCCUUUAAGCAAAUCUAUAGAAUCUCCUAGAACUGUAUUUCUAUUCCCAGCUUCAUAAUUUCCCAGAAACAUCAUUGCACUAUAAAUAAUAGAAGACAAAUGGCAACUGCAUGGAGAUUGUUCAGAACAGAGUUUUCUGGUCCUGAGAAUCCUGCAAACGGCUUUCCUUGCUCAGCCAGAACUGAGAUGUCUGGAAAACUAAUUUGUAUAGGUGUGGAUUUAUCUGUGUUUUUGAUUCCAUACUGUAAACGGCGCUUCUCACAAAGUAUUUUAAACUCCAACAUAGUACUAAUGUGUUUUGUACCUGAGGACUAUUUUGGUAAUGAUUGGAUUGUUUCAAAUAGGAACUUGAUGUUCUAGAGAGAAUAACACUUUAAUAAGAAGAUUGGACUUUCUUCUGGCAAAUUCAGUCAUUCACUGUCCUCACUGAGGGCUCCUCCACACAGCUGUAUAAAAUCCACAUUGAACUGGAUUAUAUGGCAACAUGGUCUCAGCUAUUCCAGUUCAAAGCAGAUAUUGUGGAUUAUCUGCCUUGAUAUUCUGGGUUAUAUGACUGUGUGGAAGGGCCCUGAGCAAAACUAUAGAUUAUACCAUAUUCUCAAUGGGGACAAUACACACACUAUUUGUGAUCUUAACACAUAAACAGUCUUCCUGUGUUGAGACAGCCUUCAUAGGUGUAGUAAAAUGGGGAGAGGGACCCCACACUUCACAAGUUGUGAUUUGUCGAGUUUCCUUGUUUCCUAUGCAGAUAUAAUUUCAGUGUAGGAAAAUUUCAUAUGAGAAAUUGCCCCUUAAUUUGAUCCAGGAAGGAUUUGACAACAGUCUCUCUCACUCAGAAAGAUUCUCCAUCUAGUCAUUAGAGCAGAAAGUGUUCAAAGGGAGAACCAAGGGCUGGAUACAACAUUUCAUUUUCUUGACCAAAGUAUGAUCGCUCUGGUUGCUGCUUCUGUUUCUAAACAAUCUUUCCUGUUCAUCUUCUUUGGUUAAAGAUCUAGAAAUAAGCAGUCACUGGGCAGUAGGAUGAGCAUUGAAGGGCAAGUUCCAUUUGCAUCUGACAAUGCUUGAUUUCCUUUUAACCAAUUACAAUUCCUUUACUGAACACGUCAGGUUUUUCAUUAUAGUUGAAGGGCAGAGAUCUGAAUUCCCCAUGCAAUUUAAAGUGUUGGUUUUUUGGACAGCACUUUAAAUUGUGCCACAUAGGAACAAAUAGUUUUUUAAAAGUGUUGUCAGUUAUCAUUUCCUUUCUUUUUAAUGUAAUUGAAAGGAAAGGGGAGACAAAUAUAAACCGAUAGAGUGCCAUUCAUUCACCAGUUGACUUUGGUUCUAAUGGAGCACUGCAGUUUUUCUGAGAGAUUAUUGCAAACUAAUAGAAGUAAUGUCUAAACAUGGUUACAAUUUUUAUUGCCAACAAGGCUUUGAAGAGACAAUGUAAACAACUGUGGGGCAGUAAAAUUUCAGAAAAUUCUUAGUGAUGCAACUGUCAGGGGAAUCCACAGCUCCCUAUACCCCAAAUCUUGGGACAAUGGCCUGAGAUGUGGGGCAGCUGUUUUCCAUCCUCACUUUCUGGUUUUUCUCUGCAGGUUUUUCUGCCCAAUUUGUCAAAGUAAAUCCAUUUUAUUGUGUGGAAUAGGAAACUGGCUAAUACUUGGAAAAACAAAUCAGUGAGGGUGAAUGCAGAUGAUAUUGUCACGUUGACCUGGAUACAGUCUCAAACAUACACACUUUUAACAAAAAGAUGGGAGGAUUGGGAUAAAAAUUACUUUUCAACCGUCUCAAUUGCUGGUUUUGUAAUGUUUUAGGAAGCUUCCCUUUCAACUGCAGAUGUUGUUGAGCAUGGUUUUGCCAACUGUUCGAUACUGAUGGUUUAUUCUUUUUACAGUGUUAAUGAUGUUUUCUGUGUGUAAACACUUUACAGCUUUGCCUUUAGAAUUAUGUAAACUAGGUAUUUCAGCCACCCUCUACCCGUUGUUUGCUAGCCUGGAGGGUACCCCUCUGAGGGCUUUCUGUGAAAUGGUGACCUGCUUGAGAAUGCAGUUUUGUGCCCUUUGGACACAGUAGCCAAGGCACCACAGCUAACCAGUUUACUUGUGUGAGAGAGCAAUUCUGAUUCACCUUGGAGUCAUUUCCCCCCUUACUUUCUUCCUUCUAACCCCCAGCACUUUAUUAUUGUUAUUUUAUUUUUAAGAACUCCCUGUACCCAAUGACUGCUGUAAGUUUACUCUCCAGCCCAUAUUGGAUUCCCUUUUAAUCUCUUGCUGCCAAGGAAAUUUCUCCUGAGGUUUUCACAGCCUGUUUGUAAUGUGAAUUCUUCAGUAAGUCUGGGCCUCCAGCUAAAAUGAAUCAACGUUGUUCAUUUACAGUGAACCAUGAUUGCUGGACCAGAGGAAAUUCCCAUUAGAAACUGGCCACAUUGCAGGGUCUGGCUGAGCCAUUUGGAUUUGCUCCAUUUGCCAGCCCAGAACUAUCAUAGGUAGUCCAGAAACUACUGUCGAGAUUAGAAUCAAGUAACAGUUGAAAUUUCUCUUGCAUUUGUUCCCUUCUCCGUGCCAACCACCCACUGCCUAAAAUCAGCUAAGUGCUAAUAGGAAACUCAUAAUAGAAAUGGUGCUCCCCAUACCCCUCAACCAGUUUGGGACCAGAGAAGCAUGGGGAAAUGGUGGAAAGGGGAUACACUGUGUGUGCAUGUGUGUUUUUGUGCAUGUGAGAGUGCAUGUGAUUGUGUAGCGGGUGUGCUGGAGACCUUUUAACCUGAAAUAUUGUCAUGCCAUAUAAAUUAUUUAUAUGAAAAAGAAAAAAGAUUUAUUUUUGUAGUUUGUACAGACCUCUAGCCUUGCAAUGGAAGUUUUAUUUUUAAAAGUAAAUAUAUAUUAUAUAUAAAGCUA